CAACAGGCUUCACACUCGGGGCGACUUCGAGAGGCUUCCCGAUCCGAUACCGUCAUUUCGGGAAAAGAACGGGCUCUAUCGAUUCCGUCUUCCGUUAAGCAAGUCGAGGAUUCUGUGCAGGAUACUGUCUUGGAGGACGAGACGAAGCAGGAGUAGUGUAUUUCUCUGUCCUGAUAACCGUCGAAACCUAGGAUCUGGAAGACAAGACGCAGCACCCGGGGGACCUAAUGUCGUCCAUCCUCAAACGUCCCGCAUCUCCGAUCCCUUCAGCCUCGGGUCCCAACCAUACCGCCAAAAAGGUUAAGCUAGAAGAAGCAAUACAGGAUACCGAAGAACUCUAUGAUCCCGACCUUGAUGAUGGUCUCGCCCGAGUAGGACAGGUUUCGCCUACUAGCUCACCCGGAUCGGACUUGAAAGAAGCCAAAGCUGAAGUCGAGACGGAUGGUGAGGUCCAGCAAGAGAUCCUGGCUCUCUUGAAGAGACCUACAGGGUUGGACAAGCUCAUCGCUCUUGCCAGCCUCCCAGACCCUCUGCCCGCUUUCGAACCCGUCUGUCCUCAGACGACUACGACGGCUUGUCCGGAGAGCUCUAUCACUUGUCCAUACCCGCACUAUGAACCGAUCAUCAGGCCGUGGACGGAACCGAGACUAGGACAAUGUUCGUACCUGAACAUGUGUUAUGGGGAUCCGUUAUUCCAUUCCAACCCAUCCCUGAUAAACUCGGGCGGACAAGGACCCGGACCUGGGACAUCAGGCGCAGGAGGGAAACAGUGCAGGUAUCAGCAUUAUCGGCUUAUACCUCCUCCUUCGCUCGUUGCCAACCAUGAGCACAUAGAAGAUCGGUCGAGGAGAAGAGAGAAUGAAAGGGAGAGGAGGGUACCGAAGAUUUCGAAAGCGUUGAGGGAGAAGUUGCUUGGACCGCGAUUGUUCUCAACCACGAUCGCAAACGCGGCUUCAGGAGCGGGCUACGAUGACCAGGAUGGUACGAAAGAGAGGAAGGGAGUUUGUUCGGAGAGUCAGUGGUUGAAUAUGGAUGUCAGGCAGUUGGACGAGAAGGUAUUAGGAAAGUUCGAACUGAUCCUGGCAGAUCCGCCUUGGGACAUCCAUAUGAAUCUUCCAUAUCUGCUUUUGACGGACGAUGACCUCCGUCGCCUUCCCAUCCCUUCAUUGCAACCCACCUGGGGCCUCCUAGCACUCUGGGUGACCGGCCGCGCCAUGGAACUCGCCAGAGAGCUAUUCGCGCUAUGGGGGUAUAGACGGGUGGACGAGGUCGUCUGGGUAAAGACGGGGCAGUUGGGCGGGUUGGUGCGAACCGGAAGGACGGGACAUUGGCUCAAUCACACAUGUGAACACCUAUUACUCGCCGUCAAACUCCCUCCGGUCUCAGAGUUUCCCGACCGAAACGCCCCGAUAUCUUGGGGAGAUCCAGCGCUGGCUCAUCUGAAACGUGGGAUUGACGGGGACGUGGUCGUAAGCGAAGUCAGAGAGACCAGUAGGAAGCCGGACGAGGUGUAUGGAUUGUUAGAGAGGAUGGUACCGUCCGGUCGAAAGCUAGAGAUCUUUGGGAGGAAACACAAUACACGGCCGAAAUGGCUGACAAUAGGCAAUCAACGUAAGCAAACUCGCGGGAUUUUGACAGCUGUACCAGUCACUGCGGCUGAAGAGAAUGCUUUGACAUGUCUACAGUUGGCGAUAGCAAAAUGGUUGACCCCGAACUCAAGCGAAAGGUGGAAGAAGCCAAGAUCUUGCUAG